CUGCACCCGGGGCCCCGGGGAGGGGCGCCAGCGGGACCGGAGGAGGAGGAAAGGAAGAGCCGCCCUCCUCUGAGCCUGAGAUCUCUGGAGGCCGUGACCCCGGUGCUGGGGGACUAACAACUUCCUCCCUCUCAGCUGGCAGCAGCAGCAGCGACCCUGGAGGACCCUGAGUUCCCUGACAGGGGUCCCAGCACCUCCCCGGUGGCCUGAAGCGCUAAUCAUCGGGGACCACAGCGAAGUUCCCAGUUGUCUAGACAACGAGUAGGGCCAGAGUCACCGCCGUCCAUCCACCUGCCUCUGCUGCUGACUGGAGCCCAGCGGCCGGCCGGCAGGGGCCAUGCCGGUGCUGUCCACGCCCCGAGCCUCUAGGGUGAGCACGCUCAAGCGCAGUGCCGUGAUUCUGGCCCUCACGGCCUAUGGAGCCCACAAAAUCUACCCGCUCCUGCGCCAGUGCCUGGCCCCGGCCAGGGACCCGCAGGAGCCACCGACGGCGGGAGUGACCAUCAAAGGGACCUCAGCGGCCAAGGCUGGCGUGAACCGGGCCUUCGUGCAGCGACUGCUGUGGCUCUUGAGGUUGCUCUUUCCUAGGCUUCUGUGCCGGGAGACAGGGCUGCUGGCCUUGCAUUCAGCCACGCUGGUUAGCCGAACUUUUUUGUCGGUGUACGUGGCCCGCCUGGACGGACGGCUGGCACGCUGCAUUGUGCGCAAGGACCCACGGGCCUUUGGCUGGCAGCUCAUGCAGUGGCUGCUCAUCGCACUCCCAGCCACCUUCAUCAACAGUGCUAUCCGCUACCUGGAGGGCCAACUGGCCCUGGCCUUCCGCAGCCGCCUUGUGUCUCAUGCCUACAGCCUCUACUUUUCCCAGCAGACCUAUUACCGCGUCAGCAACAUGGACGGCCGGCUGCGCAACCCUGACCAGUCACUGACGGAAGACGUGGUGGCCUUUGCUGCCUCAGUGGCCCACCUCUACUCCAAUCUGACCAAGCCUCUGCUGGACGUGGCCGUAACGGCCUACACCUUGGUCAGGGCGGCCCGCUCCCGUGGGGCAGGAACUGCCUGGCCCUCUGCGAUCGCUGGCCUCGUGGUGUUCCUCACGGCCAAUGUGCUGCGAGCCUUCUCGCCCAAGUUUGGGGAGCUGGUAGCCGAGGAGGCGCGGAGGAAAGGGGAGCUGCGCUACAUGCACUCACGCGUGGUGACCAACUCUGAGGAGAUCGCCUUCUAUGGGGGCCACGAGGUGGAGCUAGCCCUGCUCCGGCGCUCCUACCAGGACCUCGCUUCACAGAUCAACCUCAUCCUGCUGGGCCGCCUGUGGUAUGUCAUGUUGGAGCAGUUCCUCAUGAAGUACGUGUGGAGCGCCUCAGGCCUGCUCAUGGUGGCUGUCCCCAUCAUCACUGCCACCGGCUACUCAGACUCAGACUCAGAAGCCGUGAAAAAAGCAGCCUUGGCUAUGAAGGAGGAGGACCUGGUGAGUGAGCGCACUGAGGCCUUCACCAUUGCCCGCAACCUCCUCACGGCUGCAGCGGAUGCCAUUGAACGCAUCAUUUCCUCAUACAAGGAGGUGACAGAGUUGGCUGGCUACACGGCCCGUGUGCACGAGAUGUUCCAGGUCUUCCACGACGUCCGGCACUGCCAUUUCAAGAGGCCUGGGGACCCUGAGGAUGUGCCAGCUGGGUCCCGGACCAUGGUGAGGUCUGGUAUCCGUAUGGAGGGACCUCUGCAGAUCCAAGGGCGAGUGGUGGAUGUGGAGAAGGGCAUUAUCUGUGAGAACAUCCCUAUCAUCACGCCCACAGGAGAGGUGGUUGUGGCCAGCCUCAAUAUCCGGGUGGAAGAGGGCAUGCACCUGCUCAUCACUGGCCCCAAUGGCUGUGGCAAGAGCUCCCUGUUCCGGAUCCUAGGUGGGCUGUGGCCCACAUAUGGCGGGGUGCUCUACAAACCCCCACCACAACGUAUGUUCUACAUUCCACAAAGACCCUAUAUGUCGGUGGGCUCCCUGCGUGACCAGAUCAUCUACCCUGACUCGGAGGAGGCCAUGCGGCGGAAGGGCUGCUCAGAGCAGCAGCUCGAGGCCAUCCUGGACACUGUUCACCUGCGCCACAUCCUGCAGCGGGAAGGAGGUUGGGAGGCUGUGUGUGACUGGAAGGACGUCCUGUCAGGGGGUGAGAAACAGCGCAUCGGUAUGGCCCGCAUGUUCUACCACAGGCCCAAGUACGCCCUCCUGGAUGAGUGUACCAGUGCCGUUAGCAUCGAUGUGGAGGGUGAAAUCUUCCAGGCAGCCAAGGAUGCAGGCAUCGCACUGCUUUCCAUCACGCACCGGCCCUCCCUGUGGAAGUACCAUACACACCUGCUGCAAUUUGACGGAGAGGGUGGCUGGAAGUUCGAGAAGCUGGACUCUGCAGCUCGCCUGAGCCUGACGGAGGAGAGACAGCGGCUGGAGCAGCAGCUGGCUGGGGUCCCCAAGAUGCAGCAGCGCCUGCGGGAGCUGAGACAGAUCCUUGGCCAAGACCAAAGCCGGAGCCCUGAAGCAGAAGGGGCUGAGCCAAUUGCUGUCUCCUGACUGCCUCCCCCAGCAACCCCACCCCUUGAAUCAAUGAAGGAAAGCACCACACCUCACAACCCCACACUAUACCUCCCCUCCUCUCCCACAAGCCCUGUAGGUAGGGCCCUGGGGCCGGGAGCAAAUGGAGGCUCCUCCCCCGGCUGCCUCUUCCUACACCCCAACUCUGAAUCUUUUCUGUGGGAAGGGGCUCACUGGCUGACCCCCACCUGGGGGUAGCAGUAAGCCCCAGUUUCUGUCCCAAGGGAUGUUCCUCCUGCCACAGGACCUGCCAAAGGGAUGGCGCCACCACAGCCGCCCACAUGCCACCCUUAUGCCACCCAGAGCUCUGGGCUCACCUUUGCACAGUGUGUCCCAGAGAACCCCAUGAACAAUGUGCCCUGCCCACCUCCCAAAGCUAAGUUAUUGCCUUUGCGUCCAGAAUCAUUCACAUCGCCAACCUGAGCCCCUGCCAGCAGGGGAGGCGGCCAUGAGCCUGUCGCCCCACCAGCCUACACUGCCAAUCUAAGCAAGUGGGGUGGAUGCUGGGACCACAGGGAGAAGGGCCCCAGUGUCCCAGUUCAGUGCCAAAGAGGGGUCAGCCGGGGCUGCCAAGCCGGCCCCUGCCGCCGUGCCUUUCCGGGCCUCAGCCCUCAGCCAGGAGCCCUCCUGGUGUGUCAGUAAAACCUUGAUGGAAACUGA